CUCUCCGAUCAAAUCACUCCAAUUCAAAACCCCUAAUAAAACAAUUCCGAUCUACGUUCGCACCGGAGUCUGAGGAGCUCGUGGCGGAGAAGAAGAAGAAGAUGGGAAUAAUAAGGAGCAGCUUCUCUUUCAUCUCAGGAACAGUGUGCGGGAUCUACAUCGCUCAGAACUACAACGUCCCUAACAUCAAAAAGCUUGGACACUGCGCCGUUUCAAUGGCCAAGCAACUAGAAGAAAAAUAUCGCAAACCCAAAAGCAGAGACGACGUUUGAGUUACUCCGGUGAAUUCGCCGUUCUUGUUACUUUUUUUUAUUUGUUUCUGCUUUUACUGUUUUGAGGGGAUUGUAAAAAAAUUCAUAGAAGAAAUUUGACAAUCAAAUUAAGAUUCUUUUUCUCAGAUUUUAACAAUUUUCAGCUGA